AUUAAGUGGCAUUAAUUUAAAAAUGUUGAUUAAGUCUUCCACAAGUCUUCGACGAAUUACGCUUGGUCUAUGAGAGUCAAGACGAAGAAACCACUAAUGAACAUAUACAAAAGUUGCAUCUUCUAGACCGUGUUAUCAAGGAAACUCUACGACUAUUUCCAACUGCGCCAAAUAUUUUGCGAUCAACCAGUGAUAUGGUAUCAAUCAGCAAUUGUACACUUCCAAAAGAUACUUCGGUUAUAUUACCAAUCUUUACAUUGCACCGGAGAAAAGAUGUCUGGGGCGAUGCAGACGAAUUCAAUCCAGAUCAUUUUCUACCGGAGAACGUUGAGAAGCGACAUCCGUUUGCAUUUGUGCCAUUUGGCGGUGGUCCGCGUAACUGUAUUGGCUAUCAAUAUGCAAUGUUCUCAAUGAAAGUCAUGUUAUCGGCCAUUUUGCGUAACUUCCAAUUCAGCACGCAGCUAACCAUGUCCGAUCUCGAAUUAUGUUUCGAUGUCUCGUUAAAGCUGAAGAACAAGCAUAUGGUUCGUCUUGUGCACCGUAGUUGGCAAUUUUAAGAUGUAAUUCCGGUUUGAUUAUGUGGAUUUGAACUUCGUUACAUUGAAUUUUCAAACUGAAUUACAUUGAAUUUUCAUCUGGAUAACGUUAGGUGAUGAUAUGAAAUGAAAACAAUAGAAGUGAUUGUUAUAGUUAUGGUAGUAUUUUUAUACCUAUACAAUACAACAAUCACUUCCAUUGUUUUCACUCCAUAUCAUCGCUUUUCGUUA